AUGGAAUCUGUUACAACUCAAGGGGAUGGGGGGACACCAGAAGGACCUGACAAAGAUGCCGAUAAAAAGGCGGCAAGGGAAAGAAGGCGGCAAGGGAAAGAAGGCGGCAAGGGAAAGAAGGCGGCAAGGGAAAGAAGGCGGCAAGGGAAAGAAGGCGGCAAGGGAAAGAAGGCGGCAAGGGAAAGAAGGCGGCAAGGGAAAGAAGGCGGCAAGGGAAAGAAGGCGGCAAGGGAAAGAAGGCGGCAAGGGAAAGAAGGCGGCAAGGGAAAGAAGGCGGCAAGGGAAAGAAGGCGGCAAGGGAAAGAAGGCGGCAAGGGAAAGAAGGCGGCAAGGGAAAGAAGGCGGCAAGGGAAAGAAGGCGGCAAGGGAAAGAAGGCGGCAAGGGAAAGAAGGCGGCAAGGGAAAGAAGGCGGCAAGGGAAAGAAGGCGGCAAGGGAAAGAAGGCGGCAAGGGAAAGAAGGCGGCAAGGGAAAGAAGGCGGCAAGGGAAAGAAGGCGGCAAGGGAAAGAAGGCGGCAAGGGAAAGAAGGCGGCAAGGGAAAGAAGGCGGCAAGGGAAAGAAGGCGGCAAGGGAAAGAAGGCGGCAAGGGAAAGAAGGCGGCAAGGGAAAGAAGGCGGCAAGGGAAAGAAGGCGGCAAGGGAAAGAAGGCGGCAAGGGAAAGAAGGCGGCAAGGGAAAGAAGGCGGCAAGGGAAAGAAGGCGGCAAGGGAAAGAAGGCGGCAAGGGAAAGAAGGCGGCAAGGGAAAGAAGGCGGCAAGGGAAAGAAGGCGGCAAGGGAAAGAAGGCGGCAAGGGAAAGAAGGCGGCAAGGGAAAGAAGGCGGCAAGGGAAAGAAGGCGGCAAGGGAAAGAAGGCGGCAAGGGAAAGAAGGCGGCAAGGGAAAGAAGGCGGCAAGGGAAAGAAGGCGGCAAGGGAAAGAAGGCGGCAAGGGAAAGAAGGCGGCAAGGGAAAGAAGGCGGCAAGGGAAAGAAGGCGGCAAGGGAAAGAAGGCGGCAAGGGAAAGAAGGCGGCAAGGGAAAGAAGGCGGCAAGGGAAAGAAGGCGGCAAGGGAAAGAAGGCGGCAAGGGAAAGAAGGCGGCAAGGGAAAGAAGGCGGCAAGGGAAAGAAGGCGGCAAGGGAAAGAAGGCGGCAAGGGAAAGAAGGCGGCAAGGGAAAGAAGGCGGCAAGGGAAAGAAGGCGGCAAGGGAAAGAAGGCGGCAAGGGAAAGAAGGCGGCAAGGGAAAGAAGGCGGCAAGGGAAAGAAGGCGGCAAGGGAAAGAAGGCGGCAAGGGAAAGAAGGCGGCAAGGGAAAGAAGGCGGCAAGGGAAAGAAGGCGGCAAGGGAAAGAAGGCGGCAAGGGAAAGAAGGCGGCAAGGGAAAGAAGGCGGCAAGGGAAAGAAGGCGGCAAGGGAAAGAAGGCGGCAAGGGAAAGAAGGCGGCAAGGGAAAGAAGGCGGCAAGGGAAAGAAGGCGGCAAGGGAAAGAAGGCGGCAAGGGAAAGAAGGCGGCAAGGGAAAGAAGGCGGCAAGGGAAAGAAGGCGGCAAGGGAAAGAAGGCGGCAAGGGAAAGAAGGCGGCAAGGGAAAGAAGGCGGCAAGGGAAAGAAGGCGGCAAGGGAAAGAAGGCGGCAAGGGAAAGAAGGCGGCAAGGGAAAGAAGGCGGCAAGGGAAAGAGCGUCCUGGACCUGAUAAGGUUAGACGAGAUGAAGCCCUGGAAAACAGUGGUGGUACAGCUGGCUGCUGAGCUCCUCGGCACGUUCCUGCUGGUAGUCGUCGGGUGUGGCUCGACUACAACGGCGUGGUCGGAAGGCUACCAGCCGACGACUGUUCAGGUGGCCCUGACAUUUGGACUUACUGUCGCAUGCAUCGUGCAGACGCUGGGCUACGUAAGUGGCGCUCACGUGAACCCGGCAGUGACUGUGGGCCUGGUGGUGGGCGGCUUCCUGGGCCCGCUGAAGGCUCUGCUGUACGUGACGGCGCAGUGCGUGGGCGCCACCGCUGGCUCAUUCGUGCUCCAGGCCCUGACACCCAACGAGACGGUCGCAACACUAGGCGUUAAUGCCUUGAAUCGGCACGUGACGCCGACGCAGGGCUGCUUCGUGGAGAUGGUCAUAUCAUUCGUGCUCGUGAUGGCCGUGUACAGCGCUGCCACAGGGGGGGCGGCGGCGGCGGCAGCAGGACCCUUCACUGUCGGCAUGUCUAUAACAGCCUGCCACUUGUUCGCGGUAUGUUUCCCAGGGGCCCAAGGUCCCUGA